AUAUGUAGCCUAACCUGUUCCAUUGUCCACAAUCCUAUUAUUUACACUGUAGCCUACCAUACUCACUGUUAUGUAAGAACUGUUUGUGCUGUUUGUAAAAUAAAUGGAGUGUGUUGUAGUCUAUGCUUGAAGUCCAGAGCUUAGCUUUUGCCUCGUAGGAGUGCACACACUAUUAUGUAAAAACAUAGCAUAAAUGUGCCAUACACUGAUGUUGUACUUGCUACUAUGAAAUCAUGAUAGUGAUGUUUUGUUAUAGUGGCCAUAGUUAUAUCCUAGCAAAGACAAUGAAUGGAAAAAGACUGAAAAUAAAAUAAAUGGUUUCAGUUCAGUGCUGUCUGUCUGUUCUCCCUGUGGACUCAGGCGGAAGCUCCAAACAUAGUUACUUUUGCACUAGUUUUGACAUUGUAGUCAGGCAGCUGCCUUAUUUCCCAAUACCCAGGAUCCCUCAGCCCAUUCACUUUAGAUCUUCCCUACUCACUGUGAAACACUUACCACAGAAAGACCUGUUACUUUUCACUGAAGAACUCUAAGCUGUCGUACACACAUAGGAUUAUUCAGGAGAGCAUUUGGAAGCGGUAGUCUAUGAGUGGGCAUUUUCAUUUACUGUGGGGUAGAGCUGAAGCGAGAUGACAUUCCUUGUAGUCGGAGUGAUUCUGUGCCUUGUGGGAUGGAUCAGCCUUUAUGCUUUUCUCUGCCACUCAAACGGUUCCCAUGGAUAUGAGUGGAACUGUCGCCUGGUCACUCUGGCCCAUGGACUCCUGGCAGUGGGAAUCACGGCCUACAUUGGCUAUGUGGACGGUCCCUGGCCCUUCAGUCAUCCAGGUACAAAGACCACACCACUGCAGGCCAGUGCUAUGGUGAUAAGCCUGGGAUACUUCCUGUUUGACAUGGGCUGGUGCAUCUACUUCCAGACGGAGGGCCUUGUCAUGUUGGCGCACCACACCAUCAGCAUUCUGGGCAUCAUCCUGACACUGAGCAUUGGCGAGUCGGGCAUCGAGGCAUGCGCGGUGCUCUAUGGCAGCGAGAUCACCAACCCACUGCUGCAGGCGCGCUGGUUCCUCCGGCAGACGGGCCGCUACGAGAGCUGGCUCGGCGACGUUGUGGAUGUCACUUUCGUGCUGCUCUUCGUGUUCAUGCGCGUUGUGGUGGGCGCCAACAUGCUCUACUGCGAGCUCAUUUCACCGCGCCCCAAGUUCAUCAUCAAGUGCAGUGGUGUGGCCAUGUACGUGCUCAGCUGGGUGUUCAUGGUGGACAUCACCCGGUUUGCCGUGCGUAAAUACCGCCGCUGGACUGUGCGAGGGCAGGCUGCUAAGACCAAAGACAAACCGAUCGAGACCAAUGGGCCGCACGCAAAGACAGACUGAGGACAUACCCACUUGCCAUUUCCUCAUAGACAUUUUAAAAACAGAGCAAGAAAGAAAGACAUUUUUAAAUAACAUGAUGAUAAUUGAAAAAAAUCUGUGGACAAUGCAUGGCCUGAUGUUUCCUGAGACAGAUAUAAAGAAGCAUGUAUGAUGAGGGCCAUGUUAUUGCUGAAUAGCCCAGAUUGCACCUUGGAGUGACUGGCUGGGGCUUUCUGUCCGUCCGUCUGGGGACUGGAAUGAGUGAAGCAGUAAGAAAUGAGCCAUAGUUCAACAUUGUU